AUGUCAAUUGACGCGAUCGCUCAUGAAUUGAAAUCUGCACUUCAUCAAUAUCCAAAUUUCCCUAGUAAGGGAAUUUUGUUCGAGGAUUUUCUGCCCAUUUUCCGUUCUCCGGAUUUGUUUAGAAAAUUAGUCGAGGCAUUCAAGAUGCAUUUGCAAAAACAGUUUCCCGACACAAAGAUUGACUAUAUUGUUGCUUUAGAGUCUCGUGGGUUUUUGUUUGGACCAGCUGUGGCGUUGGAGAUUGGAGCAGGGUUCGUUCCAGUCAGAAAACAAGGAAAAUUGCCUGGCGAAUGCUUGCAAGCUAAAUACGUCAAGGAAUACGGCGAAGACGUUUUCGAAAUCCAAAUCGAAUCCAUUCCAGAAGGGUCCAAUGUUGUUGUGAUGGACGAUAUAAUUGCCACUGGCGGAUCAGCGCUAGCAGCUGGUGAGCUCGUCCAAAGACUGAACGCAAAUCUGUUGGAAUUUGCCUUCGUUAUGGAACUGGACUUUUUGAAAGGAAGAGAAAGGUUACAGGCGCCUACUUUCACUCUGCUAAACGGUCAGGAACAGGCUUUACAUUGA